AUGUGCUUCGACAAGCUGGCUCUCUUGCAGGCGUACGUGUCGUGCUCGUGGGGUAUCCCGCACAUCGGCUACGUGCUCAUGUGCUACGGCGCCGUCAACUGCGCGUCCUCGGCCGUGGUGAGCUGGGUGUCCAAGUCCGUGGGCCGAGUCGUCGUCAUCUCCAUCUACCUGCUGUUCUACGCGCCCAUCCUGGUGACGCUCUUCUUCUGGCAGCCCGACCCCACCGUCAGCACCGCCGCCUUCUUCAUCUUCGUCUCCUUCUGGGGGGUCACCGACAGCGCCUUUCUCGUCGUCAACGCACUGUUCGGCAUCCUGUUCCGCGGCAACGAGCAAGCGGCGUACAGCAACUUCCGGGUGUUCGAGAGCGUGGGUUUCAUCGUGUCGUACGCGUACAGCCCGGUGCUGUGCACGCACGUCAAGCUGUGGCUGAUGGCCGGCCUGCUGGCUGUGGCCGCCGGCUGCUACUGGUCCGCGGAGUGGCUGGCGAGGCGCCGGAACGCCGCCUCCUUCUGGCCGCACGACAAGCAGAGGGAGCGCCAGCACCAGCACCAGCACGACCAUCACAGAGGCUCCUACAAGAAGCCCGCCGGCAAGGCUCUGCACGGCUGGUAGUGACCCGAUGAAGUGGGGAGGGCACAGCGACUCGAGACAACGACCCACACCCACAGCCUUCAUUUGUACGUCUACUUACUAACGAGAGAACUGAUGUCUUCCCAGUUUCUUUGGAUAUUAUACCCCGUCGAGUCCCAUCGUGACCACACACAGCUGUUAUCGGGGUUGGAGGGAACUGAGCUGCUGACAGGUCUCGACGGUCGUACGAAGUCGUACAGUGCACAGUGCUUCACCACUGACGUUUAGCAGGGUACAGCGAUGUAAGCGGCCGUACACAGUUUCGGUUGGGACAAGAAAAGUAGUUUGAAGUUUUCUUCACGCUCUUCCUCGGCAGACACUUCUGGCAGUGCGCUAAACUGCAUUAUCCCACUGGACGUCUUUGUUAUCCGCUUUGAAUAGAGCCAUUCCCUUUUGCAGUCCAAAUCAGAUCGGUCAAAGGCUUCGUUACGAAUUGGGUCAUUUUUGCUAGACAACACCUUGAAAACAUCCCAUGCAAUGCAAAGUAGUGUCCAUCUCUUUAAUAUUUGUUGUGCCUGUUCUCCAGCAGUCUCCAACUAGUAUACCUAUGCCCAUCUGUUCUAUCAAACAAUAAAUGUGACUCAUUGAGGUUGUAUUGUAUUGUAUUGUAUGUUAACCGGGAACCUAGAAACGACGGAGUGGCACCGUCCCCGCCGCCGCUGCAGUGAUUCACAACCCCACGAUGACUACCGCAGUCCACUUCACACCUCCACCACACCGAACCCAGGGUUAUUGUGCGGUUCGGCCCCCCGUGGACCCCCCCAGGGAACAUCUGACA